CGCCCACCCCCACUGCUUCCUUCCUACUGUGUUUUCAUCAUUAUCUAUCAUCAGCAUCCUUUAAUUUUCAUGUAUUUAUUUAUGUAAAAACACACAAACACACACUGAACUAGGUGUGUAUUGUGUAAAUAUUCAACGCAGAAUUAUCAAGAAAGAAGAAGAAAGUAAUUUAAUUAAAGAAAAGAGAUAAAGAUCGAUUAAACUCCACCGCUUUUAGGAAAACAUAUAGAACUGGCUUGGUGUUGUUUCAUGGGAAACCGGGGGCAGAAAAGGACUGAAAAUGUUGAUGAACUGCCUGCCGAUAAGCGACCCUGUAGCUCAACAGAUUUCAGGCCUAGUACUUCCAACUCAGUGAUUCCUACUACAAUGAGUUCCAUACACGAAAGUCACCAUGGUGAUAUAGACACAUCAUCAUCAUCAUCAUCAUCAUCCACUUCAGGGUCAAGUGAAGGUGAAAAGGACUCUGCUUAUGGAUCUUGUGAAUCUGAUAAUACUUAUAGGGACUAUUACAGGCGGCAAUUAAUGGGCAAUCAGAGCAAAUUCAAUGGAGUUUUGGAAAGAUUGAGCAAAGAAUCUGAAGAAUCAGCACUGUUGGCUGCUCUUACGGAGCUAUGUGAUUUGUUAUCGUUUUCUCCUGAUAGUUCGAUGUCGAACGUAAUGGCAGAUUUAUUUUCUCCCGUUCUUGUAAGAUUGGCUAGAUAUGAGAGCAAUCCUGAAAUAAUGCUAUUAGCAAUCAGGGCAAUGACUUAUUUAUGUGAAGUUCAUCCUCGUUCUUCGGCCUCCCUUGUCAAUCAUGACGCAGUUCCUGCCCUUUGCCAAAGACUAAGGGACAUUGAGUUUUUGGAUGUGGCUGAACAGUGUCUGCAAGCACUAGAGAAAAUCUCGCGGGAGCAACCUAUAGUGUGUUUGCAAUCUGGGGCUAUAAUGGCCAUUUUACAUUACAUUGAUUUCUUUUCGACAAGUGAGCAGAGGAAGGCACUCUUAACUGUCGUAAAUAUUUGUAAAAAGCUUCCCUCCGGAUGUCCUCCACCUUUAAUGGAGGCGGUUCCCGUUUUGUGCAAUCUUCUUCUAUAUGAGGAUAGACAGCUUGUUGAGAGCGUAGCAACUUGUUUGAUUAGAAUAGUCGAGCAGGCAUGCCAUUCUUCAGAGAAGCUGGACCAACUGUGUAACCACAUGCUGGUUCAGCAAGUCACACAUCUCAUAGAGUUGAAUGGAAGAACAACAGUUAGCCAAUCAGUUUAUGUUGGUUUAAUUGGGUUACUUGUCAAACUGGCUGCUGGCUCUAUUGUUGCUGUCAAGACUCUCUUUGAACUUAACAUCAGCCACAUAUUAAAGGACAUUUUAUCCACUCAUGACUUCUCACAUGGGGUGCCUUCUACUCUGAUGGUUGAUGGGCAUUAUAAUCAGGUAGAUGAAGUUCUCAAGUUGUUAAAUGAACUUCUUCCUCCCAUAUCCAGAGAGCAGAAUAUCAAGCUAGCCGAAGACAAGGAAGAUUUCCUCAUCAACCAUCCGGAUCUUCUGGAGAAAUUUGGGUUUCAUUUACUUCCUGUGCUGAUCCAGGUGGUCAAUUCUGGCAUGAAUUUAAAUGCAUGGUUUGGCUGUCUCUCUGUCAUCAAUAAGUUGGUUUAUUUCAGCAAAUCUGACAGGCUUGAAUUUCUUCAAGAUACUAACAUUUCAAGCUUCUUAGCAGGAGUUUUUACUCGCAAAGAUCCUCAUGUUCUGAUACUAGCCCUUCAAAUUGUUGAUAAGCUACUAGAGAAGCUCUCUCAUAUUUUCUUGGCCUCAUUUGUUAAGGAAGGUGUUCUUUUUGCUGUUGAUGCACUUCUUUCCCCGGAAAAAUGUUCGCAGUCUCUGUUUUCAACCAAUGGUGUUCAAGCAUCAGAUGAAGCCGGCCAAGGAUCAGUACCACCUACUGCAGUAAAUUGUCUUUGUUUUGCUUCUGAUGCUGUUCAGACUCCAACAGGACCAGAAUCAAGGACUUGCAAGAUAGAGAAAGAGACUGUCCAAAGUCUUGCUAGGCAUAUCAAGACCAAUUACUUUGCAACAGACUCAAUGAACCCCAGAUUAGGAAUAACCGAUGUUCUUCAGAAGCUCAAGACUCUUUCUUCUCAGUUAACUGAUCUGGUUCACAAAUUUAGUAGCAGCAUUGCUCCUUCUCAAGAGAAAGAAGACUUUUACCCUGUUUUGCAUCAAAUUAUGUCAGAGUUAAAUGGGAAUAAUGCCAUUUCUACAUUCGAGUUCAUUGAGAGUGGAGUUGUGAAGUCUCUAGUAAAUUACCUCUCCAAUGGCCAAUACUUGGGAAAAAAGGUAGAUGGUGAUGUCUCAGUAAAUCAGCUGUAUAUUAUAGAAAAUAGAUUUGAGCUGUUUGGUAGAUUACUUUUGGAUAACUCUGGCCCGCUUGUGGAGAACUCCACUUUUCUAGCUUUGAUAAGGAGAUUGCAUAGUGCACUUAGCUCUGUUGAAAACUUCCCAGUCAUCAGUCAUGCAUCUAAGCUACGAAACUCAUAUGCUACAAUCCCAUAUGGGCAUUGUACUCCAUAUCCUUGUCUGAAGGUCCAGUUUGUGAAGGGAGAGGGGGAGUCAUCACUUGUUGAUUAUCCGGAGAGUGUUGUGAAUGUAGAUCCCUUUUCGCUGUUGGAAACAAUUGAGGGAUACCUGUGGCCAAAAGUGAGUAGAAAGAAAAGUGAAAAGUUGAAUCCACCCACUCUGGAUUUGGAGGAAGAGUCACCAUCUCGUGUAUCACAAGAUGUAAGCACGUCUCAAGGUAAAAAUCCAGGACCCAUGGAAUCGGACACCACUUCCACAGAUUCCCAUGAAACGCAGGUUGUGAAGAAUAACUUGCAAUUAUUUGCUGAAGUGGAAACUGUGGAUGUAGAACAAACAAAGAGUGUUCCAAUGGAUAUUUCAGAUGUUAAUGCAGAGUCUUUGAAGAAAGGAAGAUUGAAUUCAUCUGAAGAUGAUAGUAGUACAAGUUUGGAGUGUACUGGAUGUUGUGAUGAUGAAAAUGUUGCACCUAAAUUGAUAUUCUACCUGGAGGGACAGAAGUGGAACCACAAGUUGACCCUAUAUCAAACUGUACUCCUGCAGCAGAUUAAAGCAGAGAAUGACAUCACUACUAAUUCAAGCAUAUGGAGUCAAGUACACAGGGUGACCUACAGAAGAUUUGUGAGACAUAAACCAGGAUGUCCUCAGAGUUGCAAACAUGCUGUACAUUCUACUCCAUCUGAGAAACCUACAGCAUGGUGGCAGUACACCCCAUCUUUCUCUAGCAUGUUCGGUUCUGAAAUGGUUGAUCUUGAGAAAUCAAGUCCAACUUAUGAUAUCUUAUUUCUUCUUAGAAGCUUGGAAGGUUUGAACAGGUUCAGUUUUCAUCUUGGGUCUCGAACAAAACUAUAUGCUUUUGCUGAAGGAAAGACUACCAAUUUUGGUGAUAUUAAGGUCACAAAUUCUGAUCUCCCUCAGAAUGAAUUUGCAAGCACUAAAUUGACAGAGAAAAUAGAACUGCAAAUGAGGAAUCCCUUUUCUGUUUCCAUAGGUGGUUUGCCACCUUGGUGUGAACAAUUGGUUAAUUCAUGCCCCUUUUUGUUUGGUUUCGAAGCAAGAUGCAAGUAUUUCCGCCUUGCUGCAUUUGGUCGACAGCCAAUUCAGCCUGAAUCAUCGUCUCAUAAUACGGCUGCAGGCAUGAGCGGUAGGCACCAAAACAGUAGUGUUUUACGCCGGAAAAAAUUAUUAGUUCAUCGAAGUAGAAUUUUGGAUUCUGCUAGGCAGAUGAUGGACCUCCAUGCCAAUCAGAAGGUUGUCAUUGAGGUGGAAUAUAAUGAUGAGGUUGGUACUGGUCUUGGUCCGACGCUAGAAUUUUUUACCUUGGUCAGUCAUGAGUUCCAGAAGAUUGGGCUAGCGAUGUGGAGAGGUGAUCACAUGGCUCAUGGCAGCGUGAGUGUAGAGGAGGAAUCUGGAAUUAUUUUCUCUCCUUUUGGUCUGUUCCCCCGCCCAUGGUCACCUUCACCCCAUUCAUUAAAUGGCCUAGAGUUCUCUGAAGUGCUGAAAAAGUUUGUGCUUCUGGGCCAGAUAGUUGCGAAGUCUCUUCAAGAUGGCAGGGUUCUAGAUCUUCGGUUAUCCAGAGCAUUUUACAAGCUUCUUCUUGGGAAGGAACUCACUGUGUAUGACAUCCCGUCAUUUGACCCUGAACUUGGUGGAGUUCUCCUAGAAUUUCAGGCUCUUGUUGAAAGAAAAAGACAUCUGGAAUCACAUCCUGAGGGAAAAUCAUCGUUAGACCUAGAACUUAAUUUCCGGAAUACAAAAAUUGGUGAUCUUUGUCUUGACUAUACUCUUCCUGGCUAUCCAGAUUAUGUCCUUAAUUCUGCAUCUGAUGCAAAAACGGUUGACUCCUCUAACUUAGAGGAAUAUGUUUUACUCGUUGUGGAUGCUACUCUAAAUUCUGGAAUUUCAAGACAAAUUGGAGCAUUCAAGUCGGGCUUUGAUCAGGUUUUCCCCAUCAGACAUCUUCAGGUUUUCACUGAAGAUGAAUUAGAGAGACUAUUGUGCGGAGAGUGUGGAUUCUGGAACUCCAAUGAGCUUCUGGAUCACAUCAAGUUUGACCAUGGAUACACUGCCAACAGUCCUCCAGUUUUAAAUUUACUUGAAAUUAUGAAGGAAUUUGACAGCAAGCAACAGAGAGCAUUCCUGCAGUUUGUGACUGGUGCACCUAGACUGCCUCCAGGGGGUCUGGCAUCUCUUAGCCCAAAGUUAACAAUCGUUCGGAAGAGUUGCAGUGUUUGGGUCGACGCUGACCUACCUAGUGUGAUGACAUGUGCCAAUUAUCUCAAGCUACCACCUUACUCUUCAAAAGAGAAAAUGAAGGAAAAGCUGUUAUAUGCCAUAAUGGAAGGACAAGGCUCAUUCCAUCUUUCAUAGGUUCCCUGGCUUGAUCAAUCAGGUACAUAGUUUGUGAAUAGUAUAGUUCAGAGUAGGUGGUGGCUUAGAAGAUCGUGGCAGCGGGUGGUUUGUGGAGUUGAAGGAGAGCUGGUUACUGCUGCUGGCCUAACUAAACUUGGUGGUUGUGCAGACAUCAAUGGUUUAUUAGUUAUUAGUAUAAAAAUUAUAAGUAGAUAGUCCAGUUCUUGAAGGAGAAUUAUACAGUGAAAAGUUCUUUGGGGGAAGGGGGUUAAAGCUUUGUUGGUAAACUAUGUAUCAGGAAACAAUUGUGGACACAUAUAUUUCUUUUAAGGUCAGUUUGAUAGAAAGAUGAAACUUUCUUAUUA